AUGAGUGACGAAGACAUUGAAGUUGAUAGUGCAGUUUUUUCUCUAAGGUCUAAGAAACGGAAAUCUCUUGGACGUAUGAAGAACGUUGCUAAGUUAUUAAAACUACGAAGCCAUGAAACAGGCCCGAGUUGUAAUUGUACUAAAUUUAAGUGUUUUGAAAAUGUCUCCGAAGGAGAGAGGUUGCAAAUAAUUAAACAGUUUAAUGAACUUAAAGAUCAUGAUGAACAAAAUUUGUAUCUGGGUGGCUUAAUUUCACAUGGCCCCGUUAAACGACACCGAAGUAGAAAGAAUAAUGAUGAAGAUGCUGAAUAUCACUCAUAUUCGUACACAUACAAAAUUCGUGUUCAAAGAGAUAAUACAGCUAUAGAAGUGCCAAUAUGUUAUAAAGCUAUGCAUGGAAUAUCGGCGAAACGGCUUCAGAAUAUCCAGCAGCCGUUAACCACUUUUGGACAUGUUAAACACCACGAUAUAACUAACAAAGAUAAGAUAUUGCGCCUGAAUGGGAGGAGCCUAAGCGGCUGGCCUACGUCACUCGCAGCGUCUUUUCACCAUUGUUAUUAG